UCCGGGGAGUUGCAGGGGCCAGGAUCUCUCAGGCACAGUUUGUUUACUUAGCAUAGGUGUCAGGGCUUCGGAGGAAGGUUGGUGGUGAGCUGUUCCUCGGAUUUUAGCUUUAGACAUCCUUCGAUCCCGACCUUCGCUUUGGAUCAGCAUUCAGGAUGGUGCAGCGUCUGACAUACCGUCGUAGGCUAUCCUACAAUACAGCCUCUAACAAAACCAGGCUGUCCCGAACCCCUGGUAAUAGAAUUGUUUACCUUUAUACCAAGAAGGUUGGGAAAGCACCAAAAUCUGCAUGUGGUGUGUGCCCAGGCCGACUUAGAGGGGUUCGCGCUGUGAGACCAAAAGUUCUCAUGAGGUUGUCUAAAACAAAGAAACAUGUCAGCCGAGCAUAUGGUGGUUCCAUGUGUGCUAAAUGUGUCCGCGACAGGAUCAAGCGCGCUUUCCUUAUUGAAGAGCAGAAGAUCGUUGUGAAAGUAUUGAAAGCACAAGCACAGAGUCAGAAAGCUAAAUAAAAAAUGAACAAUUUUUGAGUAAUAAAACGCCUCAUUCUGUUAA